CGCGCGGGCUUCCCCCUCCCCGCCUUUCUCAGUGCUGGGUGCAAAUCUUAGAUGGGAGUGCAGUGAGGGGGCUCGCGUCUCUGUGCCCCUAAUCCCGGGGCUGGGCGCCUCAGCUGGUUGCGCUGAACUAGUUGUCGAGGGCGGUAGUGGCAGGGGCUGGUCAAGUCAAGCCCGAGGGCUUGCGGACCCUCCCCCUUCUCCUCGCCCAUCCCCUCCUUCCCCAGUCGAGAUCCCGGUCCCCUUCCCCGGGCCUGCCAGCGCUGUCUGCAAGCGCGGAGCGCUCCUGGGCGGCGGUGGGUGCGCGGGCCGACGCUUACGGAGGGCAAGUCUCUGCAGCCUCCUCUCUCCCCCUGCACGCCAGACUCGAGGGUACAGGCGUGGCUGGGGUGCCCGAGCCCGCAGCCGCCUCGCCGGGGGCACAGCUGGGAGGCGCGGCGGACACCUGGUCAGCCACGUGGCGGCGGGCGGGGCCGCCGGCGCUGGGAGCUCGCGGGCCCGCGAGCAGAGGGGUCUCCCCACCCAGACCGCCAGGACCCCAUUUCCACGACAAUGGCCGGGAUGUCUCAAGUGCAGGAGCUCUUCCACGAGGCCGCCCAGCAGGGGGCCCUGGCCCAGCCCCAGCCCUGGUGGAAGAGCCAGCUGUUCGUAUGGGAGCCAGUGCUGUUCGGGACCUGGGAUGGUGUGUUCACGUCCUGCAUGAUCAACAUUUUUGGGGUUGUCCUUUUCUUGAGGACUGGCUGGCUGGUGGGCAACACGGGCGUCCUCGUGGGCGUGUUUCUGGUCUCCGUCGUCAUCCUGGUGGCCCUCGUCACCGUGCUGUCUGGCAUCGGGGUCGGAGAGCAUUGCGGCGUGGGCAGUGGCGGUGUCUACUCCAUGAUCUCCUCGGCGCUCGGGGGGCAGACCGGAGGCACGGUGGGACUGCUGUACGUGUUCGGACAGUGUGUUGCAGGUGCCAUGUACAUCACCGGCUUCGCUGAAUCCAUCUCAGAUUUGCUGACCCUCAGGAAUAUCUGGGCUGUUCGAGGAAUUUCAGUGGUGGUGCUUCUGGCCUUGCUGGGGAUCAACCUGGCAGGUGUCAAGUGGAUAAUCCGCCUCCAGCUGCUGCUGCUGUUCCUGCUGGCUGUGUCCACACUGGACUUUGUGGUGGGCUCCUUCACACACCUGGACCCAGAACAUGGUUUUAUUGGAUAUUCACCAGAACUGCUGCAGAACAACACUCUGCCAGAUUACAGCCCUGGGGAGUCUUUUUUCACUGUCUUUGGGGUGUUCUUCCCAGCAGCUACAGGAGUCAUGGCCGGCUUCAACAUGGGGGGCGACCUCAGGGAGCCUGCUGCCAGCAUCCCCCUGGGCUCCCUAGCAGCUGUUGGCGUCUCGUGGUUUCUGUACAUCGUCUUUGUCUUUCUGCUCGGCGCCAUCUGCACCCGAGAGGCCCUUCGCUAUGACUUCCUGAUAGCCGAAAAGGACCCUCACCUUCUACCACGAGCAGAAAGAACUGCUCCCAAGAAACAGGUGUCCCUAGUGGGCUUCCUGUUCCUUUUGGGCUUAUACAUCUCAUCCCUGGCCUCCUGUAUGGGAGGCCUCUACGGAGCCCCCCGGAUCCUGCAGUGCAUUGCCCAGGAGAAAGUGAUUCCUGCACUGGCCUGUCUGGGGCAAGGGAAAGGGCCAAAUAAAACACCUGUAGCUUCCAUCUGCCUGACCAGCUUGGUGACCAUGGCCUUUGUCCUUGUGGGUCAGGUGAAUGUGCUGGCCCCCAUCGUCACCAUCAACUUCAUGCUGACAUACAUCGCGGUGGACUACUCUUACUUCUCCCUGUCCAUGGGUCCCUGCAGCCUCCCCCAGGUGCCUGAGUCAGGGCACAGGGAGGGCUCGGAAGCUCUCCACUGCUCUGAGCAUCUGCUGUUGGCGAAGGCUCCCAGCUAUGGCUCUGAGAGCACUGCCCAAAGCCUCUCUGAGGGCACUCUGCUAGAAUUCACCAAAGACAUGGACCAGCUCCUCCAGCUAACCAGGAAGCUUGAGAGUAGCCAGCUCAGGCAAGGAGAGAGUGAUGUGACGCUGGAGAGUCAGAAGGGGAAACGCAAGAAGGCCACCAAGCAAACCCUACAAGAUAGCUUCCUCUUGGACCUCAAGUGCCCGGCUUCCUUCCCUACUGAGGGCUCUGAUGGAUUGCCCACUGCCUCCUGGCAGGGACAGGAGUCCUCCUGGAACAAGCAGAGUACCGGAAGUGAAGGGGAUUGGCCUGGGGGAGCCUGUGGAGAACAACUUGUCCCUGAGCCAAGUAGCCCGCUUAGGCCAAGUGGAGAAGAUUUCUUCUUGAAGUCCAGGUUCCAGGAACAAGAUGUCCAAGGGAGACCGACUUCUUUCUACACUCGCAUGUGCAACCCCUGGGUCUCCCUGUUGGGGGCAGUUGGGUCCCUUCUCAUCAUGUUUGUGAUCCAGUGGGUCUAUACCCUGGUUAACAUGGGUGUUGCUGCCAUUGUGUAUUUCUACAUUGGUCGGACCAGUCCAGGGCUUCAUCUUGGAUCAGCCUCCGGCUUCAGCUUUUUCAGAUGGAUGAGGUCUCUUCUGAUCCCUUCCUGCAGGAGCUUGCGAUGCCCCCAAGAGCAGAUAAUUUUGGCGCCGUCCCUAGCUAGGGUUGACAUGGAGAUGACUCAGCUCACCCAGGAGAAUGCAGACUUUGCCACCCGGGAUCGCUACCACCACUCCUCCCUUGUGAGUCGGGAGCAGCUGAUGCCUGAGUAUUAGAGUACUGAGCCCUCAGUACGAGGCAGCCCUAGGACCCUCUUCUCUUGGAGCUGCCGAGUGUACAGUGGACCCAAAUCCCAGAACUUUUGUGGAGCUGGUUAUCCCCGGUAAGAAGCUCAAAGAUCUGUCCUCCCACUGCCAUUUUGGACCAUGGAAAUCUGCAUUUGUGUCUGCAGUACCACGUGUAACCAGGGUAACGGCUGAAGAGCUCCACGUGGACACCAACACUUGCAGGUGUGGAGAACCGGACCAGAUUGCUUGUUCUGAGGGCCACAAUAAAUAGUUAUUUUAAAUGUUAUUUUAUUGUUUAUUUUUUGAAUAAAUAAUAUGCUCCCAAA